AAACGCUUCCUAUAUAAAUUCACUCCGACUGUAAUUUGGAAGGCAGAAGCUGCUCUGCUGAAACGAGAAAGAGCGAACCUCCCCUCCCUGGCUCGCCGGAAUAAUCCCAAUUUCCAGUAAUCCAAUAGAAAUGAUCGUUUUUCCGGCGAAUUCCGUUUCCAAGCUGACCUAGUAAUCUGCCGAAUAGCGUAGAGAAAGGGGGGAAUCUCAUUUUCGUUUUGCCAACUUGGGUUAAGGAGAAUUCCAUUAUUUGUUGGUGGUCAUGCCGUACCGUGUUCGUGAAAAUCUAUUCAUCGGCAACAUCAGCGAUGCAGCAGAGAUUCUCCAAAAUGGUAGCACAGAGAUCACGCAUAUUCUAUCGCUUCUUAGUUCAGCGUCAAUAUCGUUUUUCUUCGAAUGGAAGGGUUUAACAAUUCCCACCACGGAAAUUAAGAAGGUGUAUGCUGGCGGGUCUGGUGGUGCCUCGGCUUCCGAGGGUGAUUCCGGUGACGGGAAAAAAAGUUGUUCAGCGUCCGAUAAGCUUCUGUACUUGUUGGAAUAUGCAGGCAAGGAUUUGAAGCUGGUGAGAAUGGGGGUUCCACUAAGAGAUAUGGAGAAUGAAGAUUUGUUGGAUCAUUUGGACGUGUGUUUGGAUUUUAUUGAUAAGAGUAGAAAAGAGGGGUCUGUUUUGGUCCAUUGCUUUGCUGGCGUGUCUAGAAGUGCAGCUAUCAUUACAGCAUACCUGAUGAGAACAGAACAUCUAUCACAAGAAGAUGCAUUAAACUCCCUGCGGCAAAUCUGCAAGUCUGUUUGCCCCAACGAUGGUUUUCUUGAUCAGCUAAAAAUGUAUGAGAAUAUGGGCUUCAAGGUGGAUCAUGCCAGCCCCAUAUAUAGGUCCUUUCACCUGAAAGUAUUAGGUGAAUCUUAUCAUCGUGGGAAUAGAAUAGACAGUUCUAUAUUUGGAGCAGAUCCUGGUGUGGCUACUGAAGUUGCCUCUGGAGUGGAAGCAACUUCAAAUGAAGGAAAAACUGUUAAACCAGCUUUCCGCUGCAAGAAAUGUCGAAGAGUUGUUGCAUUGCAGGACAAUGUUGUGGAUCACAUUCCGGGUGAGGGAGAGCAAUCCUUCGGCUGGCGCAAGCGAAAAAGUAGCAACUCAUAUAACAAGUCUGAGGAUUCUGAAUCUGAAUGUUCAUCCAUUUUUAUUGAGCCUCUAAAGUGGAUGGCAGCAGUCGAAGAAGGUGCAAUGGAAGGAAAGUUGUUCUGUGUGCAUUGCGAGGCUCGCUUGGGUUACUUCAAUUGGGCAGGCAUCCAAUGCAGUUGCGGAAGCUGGAUCACCCCUGCCUUCCAGCUCCAUAAAAGCCGAGUUGACGUCAGCACCAUCUAAUAUCUGUCAAAAAAAAAAGGAGAAAGGGUCCAAUACCUAUCCAAGGAAUAUUUAGAACUUUAGUAGUGCCAGGAUACCGUGUAACAAGGUAUAAAAUUUCAGAGACAAUCAGCUAUCCACAGAGGAAAAGGACUCUUGUUUAUCAAGUUUUUCAUACUGUGUACUGAGGUUUCAAUUGAGCAGUUGCGGCCUGCAGCUAGAAAAAUGCAGUGUUGAUCUGUCUCAUAUAAGAUUUUGGAGAUUCGGGUUUUGUUUUUCGUUCUUUCGUACGGGAGCUCAGUUGGUGACUGAAAAUGUUUCCAUGGAGGUAUGUUUGGCAUGAACUGUUAUGGUUACAACCAGAAUUCAAGUCUGCUUUUUAUCUCACUUGAUUGAUGUAGGGCAUGUAAUAACAUGAUAAGGUGGUACACGAAAGUACAAAAUAACCUUUUCAUCUGUUUGUGUUCAAAGUUCAUGAUGUUUGGUUAAAAUGGUCCA